UUUUGUUGAUUAUAAUGAAGAAAAAAAAAUUCCAAUUCCAAUGAUUCAUAUCUAGGACACAUUUCUACACGUUAACGAUUAUCAUCAUUGCAAUCAUCAUCAUUUUUUUUUAGUAAACAUUCAAUGAUGAUGAUGAUGAUGAAAACUUUGUUUUCGAAAUUUUUCCAUUUUUUCAUCUAUCAUGAAUCGAAAUAUACAAAACGACAAUCAUCAAAUCGGUGGUAACCACAAACAUUAACAAAUUCGUACACACACACACACACACACAAAAACUUCCUUUUGCCAUAACCAAAAAUUUUGUUGGUAAAAUGUUGAAAAUUCGUUAUUGCCAAUUAUAGAAAUCUAUUCUCUUUUUUUCCGGUUGUUAUCAUCGAUUUUCGUUUGUUGUUAUUGAAUGUCGAGGUAACAAUAAUAAUAAUAUUUAAUCCGAAAAAGAUUGCUCAUCAUUACAUUGAAUUCGUUAUGAUGAUCAUCAUUUUUCAAUUGAUCAUCAUCUUCAUUGUCAUUGUGGCUGUGAAUGUGAAGAAGAAAAUAGAUAGAAAAAAAAGCAUUUCGAAUUUUACAUUAUCAAGAUGAAUUCAAAUUAUACCUUUUUAUUAUUAUUAUUGAUAAUUAUUCAAUAUGAUUGGAUAAUUGCUCAUAAUAAACGUAAUCGUCAACAUCGUCAUCAACAUCAACAACAUCAUCAAUAUGAUUCGAUAUUAGAAUUGAAAUUAAUUUAUCCAAAAAAUCUUAUCGAUGGUCGUUAUAAUGAUUCACUUUGUAAUGAUGAUGGUUCAAUCAUUUUUCUUGAUUAUAGCCAAACAUGGAAUGCAUAUGUUGCUGUUUGUCAGAAUAAUUUAAUCGAUGUUGAACCAAUUGAUUAUGGCCAAAUAACUCAAUUGAAUGUUUUACAAUUUCAAGUGAAAAAAUUGGAACACUUUGCUUUUGAUUGGCUUCAUGGUCUGUUGUAUUAUUCAACUUUAAUGGAUGGUAUCAAUGUUAUUGAUUUAAAAAAGAAUGAAUUGGCUACAUUUCCAAUAUAUCGUGCUGCUGGUUCCAAUACCGUGAAUGGUUUAAUCGUAAGACCUGAUCUGUCAAAAUUAAUGUGGCUUGAAACAUAUGGUACCGAUACAAUUAUGAUGGAAUCGGAUCAGAAUGGUAAACAAUCAUCAGCAUUAUUUAAUAUCAGUAGAACAACUUAUACUGAUCUUUAUUAUGAUCAUUAUGGUGAUCAAUAUCUGCUUAUAAUGCCACAAACACAAGCGACAAAAAUAUCCGGAAUGAUCAUAUUGGAUUAUGAUGAUAAAAAAAUUUUAAAAUCAAUGAAUUUUGAAAUAAAUUUCUCACGACAAAAUUGGGCAACAAAAAAUGUUCGAAUUCGAGCAGAUUCACUCUAUUUUUUCGUAAAACAAUCGGGAAAUUUUGGAAAGAUUUAUCGUUGCUCAAUAUCAUCACAGAAUCAUACGAAUGUAAUGAAUGAUUCAUCACCAUCAUCAUCAUCAUCAUCAUCAUCAAUUAUGAUUGAUAAUGUUCAUCAAACAUCGUGUAUAUUGAUUACAGCCGAUAAUUCCAGAUCACCAUUCAUGUUAUAUGAUCCAUUGAUGAGAAAAGAAUCGGAACAGAAAAAACAUUGUAAUGAAAAUGUUUGUGUUCGACAGGAUAUCGAUUUCUGUAUACCGAUCAACGAUACACAUUCACAAUGUACAAAUGGUGAAGUAUUCGAAAUCAAUAAAGAUAAUAAUGAAAUGCUAAUCUAUAAGAUUAUCAUUUCGGUUCUAACAUCAAUCAUCAUUCUUAUUCUAAUCAUUUAUUUUCUAUUCUUUUCAAAACAACGUGCACGAUUCUAUCAGAUACGAUUGAAAAAAUUGAAUCGUGUUGAAUCAUCAAAACUACAGGUGAAACCACCGGCAACUAAUGAAAUUGCUGAAUAGAAAACAAAAAAUGUCCAAUCAUUCAUCAUCAUCAUCAUCAUAGCCAUCUUAAACCAAAAU